CGCGCCCUUACACCUACUCUUUUAUUGCUAAUGGCAGUUUCCCAGAACUAACCAUUCAGCUUCAAUGCAUGAACCCUGCCCUGUUAGUUAAUCAUAAUUCAUUACAUUUACACCCUCUCUCUCUCUCUCUCUCUCUCUCUCUAGUGGAUACAUUCUGUCUGAUUCUCUCUCUCUCUCUCUCUCUCUCUCUCUCUAUAUAUAUAUAUAUAUAUAUAUGAUUGAGAGAUAUUGUGGGAGUUCAGUCAUCAGUGGUUAAUUUAACUGCCGAAUUAAAGUGAUGGAAAUGUUCAAUAGAUGUUCGUCGGGGGGGUCGUCGACGUCGGAUUCGUCGGAAUCGUCGGCGGCGGCGAGGAACGGCGGCGAGGAGUCGGACAGGGUGAAAGGUCCCUGGAGCGCGGAGGAAGACAGGAUCCUGACGCGGCUGGUGGACCAUCACGGCGCUCGGAAUUGGUCGUUGAUUUCGAAGUACAUAAAGGGGAGGUCCGGGAAGUCCUGCCGCCUGCGGUGGUGCAAUCAGCUCUGCCCCAGCGUGGAGCACCGCCCCUUCUCGGCGGCGGAGGACGAGACCAUAGUGGCGGCGCACGAGCGGUACGGCAACCGGUGGGCCACCAUCGCGCGGCUGCUGCCCGGCCGGACCGACAAUGCGGUCAAGAACCACUGGAACUCCACGUUGAAGAGGAAGCGCCGGGUGCAGCAGGUCCGGGACCGGGGAGCCCCUGCGGAGUCCAGGACUCCCCGGGGAAGCAACGCGGCCUCCGCCUCCGAUUCCCGCCCGCUUGAAGACGACGACGAUCCCAUGACGGCAUUGUCUCUGGCGCCGCCGGGGAUGGGAGGCGGCGGAGCCGCCUCUCCGGCGACGGAAAAUAUUGCCGGAAACUUGCCUGGUCCGGGCUUCUGGGAUGUGAUGAGGACCGCCAUAGCCUCGUUUCCAGAAACUUCUUCAGGCUUUCGUUGAUAACAAAUUAACCAUAAUAUAUAUAUAUAUAUAUAUAUAAUUACAGUUUCUGCAGUGGUAGAUAUUAUUACAACUUAGCUAAUACAACAUUACAUUACAUUUAAAUUAAUUAUUCCAUCCAGUAUUUUAUUGUCUGCAAAUUCAAUAAUUCAUGCUCAUGAUGCAAUAUAUAUUUCGACCUGUUGUUCUAA